CAAAAUGACAAGUCGCCACUGCCUACAACAGAUUUUACUUUCAGCAUCCAGGUUUUUUCUUUAUCAUCACAAAAAACUCACUAGAAGAUGAACUUGAAGAAGCAAUGAGCUCGAGCUUCGAUCAGCUGAUUAUCCCCCCAUGUAGUUUUUUGUAGGCAAUAUGCAAAUACACACAGAAGAGCAGACCAGAGAACACACCCGUUAUCUCAAGACCGCCCUCAAAUAAGUAGCCUAUUCUUCCAAUACCGCCCCACUGUAUAAAAGGUAGGAGUUUCAGGCAAGAACGCCUAGCUUCGCUUUGAAGGAUUUAGCGAUAGUGGCAUUAGGUGCGGAGCUAGUGUAGUUCAUUGAUCUGCCUGUUGAUCAGCUAUGGGAAGCUCUUGACAAAUGAUAGGGUGUUACUUUGUAUGCGGCCGCAAAAUGUGACGAAUAGUACGCAGAUUAAAAAUACAUUUUAUAUUUUGUUUAACACAUGUAGUUUAAAGAAAUAUGUUUCUGUAAAACAUUUAUUCAUAUCACAAUGCAGCGGUAAACUUCAACUCCUUCGAAGCUUCAACACUUAGUUUGAACAAGAUGGAAGUUUUCACACCAUAAACGUUCUGCUGUGACUGACGAGAUGGGAAAAUGGGAGAUAUCAAUGAAUCCAGUGCAGGAGUGGGGUGAGGAGUUUGAGGAGGGGGUGUUGUAUGGGAUCACCCUGCGUCGGGAGCCCGUCCAGAUACCAGCCAGCCCCACCGAGGCCCGGCCAUGCGCUGCCUUCGUCCAGUACCGGACCUGCAAGGUGCGCAGGCUGAAGGCAGCCACCCUGAACCGGCUGGUGAGCCACCUCCUGGACCACUGCUGCCAGGAGCCCGACUACAGACGGAUCUUCCUGUCCACCUACCAGACCUUCACCACUACCAGUGCACUCAUAGAGCUGCUCUUCCAGAGGGACAAAGUAGCUUUAGAUGUGGACAACAGUGAAUGUCACAGGAGGCGUCUGUUGCCCCUGAUCCAGACUUGGUUGGAGGAGUACAGUGAGGACUUCCGGGAUCCUCCUCAGCACCCCUCCCUAAGGCUGCUGUUGGACCACCUUCACUGCCUGUCCUCCUUCUGUUCACUGGCCCAGCGCUCUGAAACUCUGCUUAAUAAGUUCCAGAGAGAAGAAAUGGAUACUGGUGGCCAUUCUUCCCAGGCUGAGGUGAAUCAGGAAGACGAGGGCUCAGGGGAGGAAGGCCCAGAAUGGGACAGCCCACUGGAUCAGGGUGACAUCAUGGACUUCUCAGUCACAGGCAUCGCAGAACAGCUCACCCGACUGGACGCUGGGCUGUUUGGGAAGGUGGUUCCCUACCAGUGUCUGGGCUGUGUGUGGUCCCAGAGAGACAAGAAGGAGAACCUUUCUGCCACCGUCAGUGCCACCAUCGCCCAGUUUAACGCAGUCACCAACCGGGUCAUCACCUCCCUGCUCUGCCGGUCCACCUCCCCCACCUCCAGCCCCACUUCCGUCCGCAGGGCCUCCAGCCCAGCUCAGAGGGCCUGCGUCAUUGAGAAGUGGAUCAGAGUAGGACAGGAGUGUCGGCAGCUGAAGAAUUUCACAUCUUUGAGGGCCAUCCUGUCUGCCCUUCAGUCCAAUGCUGUCUACAGGCUGAGGAAGACUUGGGCUGCUGUGUGUAGGGACAGCGUGGCCAUCUUUGAUAACCUCUGUGAAACCUUCCCAGAUGAGAACUGUGUGUUGAGCAACAGAGAGAUCCUUGUGGAGGAUGGAAGCCAACCAGCCAUGGAUAACAUUUCUCCCAAGAUAUCCAAGAAUUGUCCUAUUGCCAGACAGAUGAGCACCUCCAGUGGGGUGGUUCCUUACCUGGGAACGUACCUGACUAUCUUCACCAUGCUGGACACUGCUCUACCAGAUACUGUGGAGGGGGACCUCAUAAACUUUGAAAAGAGGAGGAGGGAGUUUGAGAUUCUCUCUCAGAUCCGGCAGCUCCAAGCCUCCUGCUCUCAAUACAACCUGCCCCAUCACACCAGGAUCACCGCCUGGUUACAGGGCCAGAAGCUGCUCACUGACCAGGAGAGCUAUGAACUGUCCAGAAACCUGGAACCUCCAGGAGACCUCUGCUCCGCCAGUGCCUGGAGCCACCGUUCCCUCAGCAAGAAACUCUCCUCACUCCUGAAAGUGAGUGAGGGACCCAGCAGCAAAAGCCAUGCAGACCAGAUCAGUGUGUCGUCUUCAGGGUCCAGUGGCUCUGAGAUGGAGGACCUCUCCACCCCUCCCUCCACACUCAGACUGCAGUCUUUGUCCAGCUCCUGUCAAAAUGUGGCAGAUGCCUUAACCUCCUCCCCGGAUGGCUCCACUCCCUCCAGUUGUCCCUCCAAUUGUUCCUCCAGUUCUCAGCCUGACCUCUCUGCCCCUGCUCCUGUGGCUGCCCACCCUAAACCCAUGCUGGCCUCUCAUCACAAGCGCUCUGUGUCCAUGACCUCCCUCCCGCUCUACAACAGACAGGUGGCUGACUCCUGUAUAGUGAGGGUCAGUGUGGAGGCUGGCAACGGCAACAUGUACAAGAGCAUCCUGCUGACUAGUCAGGAAAAAACUGCCCAGGUGAUCCAGAGGGCCCUGGAAAAACACAACCUGGAGCACAUGACCUGCCAAGACUUCACCCUCACACAGGUGAUCUCCCGGGAAAGAGAGUUACUCAUUCCGGACAAAGCUAACGUCUUCUACGCAAUGUCCACGUCGGCGAACUUUGACUUUGUUCUGCGCCAGUGUCCAAAGGGUCAAAAGAAACCACUGUGCGCUACUUCCAGCCUUGGAUGUUAUUCAAAGUAGACGCCAUUCUAUGGCAAUGAUGAGUUACUGCAACUCGAGCAAACCAAGGGGUGCCAUGAGAGCAACAGGUGGAAGAUAGCACUGUAUGAUGGCACUUUAUGAAGAAUACACAUGUUGUGUAAAUAGGGUCUGAAGACAACAGCUUUGGGGCUACAUUUUGAAACCCAUUAAACAGAAUGACCUUUAAUUUAUUGGUGGAGCGAACUCUACAUGAAUUGAACCAUUGAACACUCAACAUUUGUUUUAAUGGGAGAGAUGACUGACAUUUCCCAAAAGGGAGCGACAACCUGUGAGCCUUAAAAGGGAACGAGGUCAGAUGGUCGGUGAAGGGCAUGUGUAAUGGACAGGCCUCGGACAGCAGCUUUCCCAACAGGAGACAGCCUGCCCCUGCCACCUGAGAAGUGGAUGGGAAUGUUCUCACCGGGAUCACUAUGUUCCCCAGGGUAUCAGCCCGCCGUCAUGGCGAUACUGAUUGGGGCCGUUCGUGCGAAAGGAGUGGCUGCCCUGACUGGCUGGAUGGCAUUCCACAUUCAGCUGCUGUAGAGGGGACACUGACAAACCUUUAAGGACACAGACUGUCACAGUUAUAAUGAUGGUGAUAAUAAUGUGUGCGUUGUAAAUUAAUUGCAUUUUAGUGUUAAUACUUUGAGAUUUAUUGUUUUCUAUUUAUGUCUCUAUAAUGCUCUUGAUGAUUAGGUGGGCCUCAAUAUUUUUAGACAUUUUAGUCAUUUAGCAGACGCUCUUAUCCAGAGCGACUUACAGUUAGCGAGUGCAUACA